AUGCAAGUCAACAACCCUGUGCCCGUGCCCAAAGGCACCCCAGAGCAUGAGGCCAAGCGUGCAUCUGUUCUCAAAGCACUCUCCGAUAAAGUACCCGCAGACUUCUGUCUGGGUCCCGAAUUCUUCAAAGACACCCCUCUCGAUGUCACCAAGGUCCCUUCUACCUGUGGUCUCCUCACGGACGAGGAAGUAUCCAUUACCGAAGACUAUGAUGCAACUGGCCUUGCUGAGGCUAUCGCCAGACGCAAGUAUACUUCUGUGGUUGUUGCGAGAGCCUUUUGCAAGCGUGCUAUUAUCGCCCACCAGCUUACCUGCUGUCUUACCCAGUGGUUUUAUGAUGAGGCUAUCCAGCAGGCUACAAAGCUGGAUGAGUAUCUAGCAGAGCAUGGCACCACCAUAGGCCCGCUCCACGGUGUGCCUGUCAGUAUCAAGGACCAUAUUCCCUUGGCUGGAACGUUCGCUUCGUUGGGUAUUCUGGCUACGGCUGAAUACGAUCAGCGCGACUCUCCCCUUCCGGCGGUUCUUCGCCAGGCCGGCGCCGUCUUCUACUGUAAGACAAACCAACCUCAGGCCCUCAUGCAUGGCGAAAGUGACUCCCCUUGGGGACGAGCUUUGAACCCACACAACACCACCUUGACAUCUGGAGGUUCCAGCGGUGGUGAAGGCGCCUUGAUUGCUAUAAAGGGCUCCGUCCUCGGUAUUGGAACCGACAUUGGUGGCAGUAUAAGAAUCCCUUCUGCGUUCAACGGUAUCUAUGGAUACAAGCCAACGAGUGGCAUCCUGUCAACAAGAGACUUGGUACACGGGCCUAUGGUAGCUGAGCUCACUGUCUUGGCCAACGCUGGUCCCAUGUGUCGAUCUGCACGGGAUAUGGACCUAUUCAUGCGUAUUCAGCUUGCUACCAAGCCGCAUAUCAGAGAUCUGACUUUGGUUCCCACGACUUGGACUGGCUUGUCAACCCAGCUAGGCUUGACCCUUGGCCGCCCGCUCAAAGUUGGCAUCAUGACACACGAUGGCUUCAUUCAGCCCCAACCACCACUCAAGCGUGCCCUAUCAUGGGCCAGUACCAUUCUAUCAGACUCUCGACUAUCAGGGCUUAUCGAAGUCAAGCCAUUCCUGCCUUAUGGCGUGAAGCAAGCGUGGGGCGAAAUCAGGCAAGCAUACUCCCCUGACGGUGGCAUUCCAAGUCGUGAUGCUAUUCUCGCAACAGGCGAGCCGAUCUAUCCUCUGACCGAAUGGAUCUGGAAGACCGCUGCUCCCAAGGGCAUGCUGACUGCCGCUGAAAUGGCUUACGUACGUAAGGCAUGCCUCGACUUCCGACAUUCCUUUGCAGAGGACUGGGAGCGUCAGGAUGUCGACAUUAUUCUUUGUCCCACUGGUGUCGGGUCAGCUACGACUCAUGACACAAAUUUCUAUCUUAUGUAUACAGCUCUGUGGAACUAUCUCGACUGCCCUGGCCUGGUGUUCCCUACGGGGCUCAAGGUCGAGGAGGGUGAGGAAUACGAUGCGGAUUAUAAGCCGUUAGGUCCUGAGUGCGCUCACGUGAAGGAUCUAUGGGAGAGUGGAAACUUCAAAAGGGCACCUAUUAGCCUUCAGCUUGUGGGGAGGAGGUAUCAUGAUAAUCAGCUGUUCGGAGCGUUGAAGCUUCUCCAAGAAGCUCUGGGACUUGAAUGA